CUGUAAGAAAAGCACUUCCGGAGAAGCAUGCGCAGUUUGAUCCUGCUGAUGAUGCGCACGUUUGAUGCUGAGGUUUUGUAAUGUUAAAGGUGAUAGUCCAGGCAGUUGUGGCUGGAAGCCAAGUUGUAGGUAGGGCAUUUACUAGAGCAUUACAGCAGGAAUGGGCUGCCAGUCAGCAAGCAGCAAAGCGCCAAGGAGGUGGAAAACAGGGGACAAAAUCAGCAGUAGCUGACCUAAAGAAAGGGUUAACUAUACAGGAAGCAAAACAGAUACUGAAUGUAUCAGACUUAAAUGAUGUUGAAAAAAUACAGAAAAACUAUGACCACUUAUUUGCGGUCAAUGAAAAAUCCAAAGGAGGCUCAUUUUAUUUACAGUCAAAAGUAUAUAGAGCAAAAGAAAGAAUUGAUGAAGAAAUUCAAGACAAAAUGCAAAAGGAACGAUCCCAAACUGAAGAAGAACAGUCACCGCCUCCUAAAACAUGAUAAAAGCUGAACUUAGGAUAUACAUUUUUACAUUGUGUUUUCUGGGGAAGUUUUAGCAGUGGCCUCUUUUUUCAGUCAUGUCUGGCAUUGAUUGCAGUGACAUUAUCUAUAGUAAAUGGAAAACAAAAUAACAUAAACCAUCAAUGAAUUAACUCAUGUGUGAUGUCCCAAUGUCAAUGUCUGAAGAAGCUUUGGUGGAGGAGGGAGGCAUUCAAAGGGCUUAUUUUUCUAAGUCUACCUAAGAAAAUUCAGUCAGUUUUUAUUUAAAAUAUUUGUAAAUAUAAAAUAAAUAAAAUAUUCUUUUCUUUUGCUA